AUGGCCACCUUUCCAGUGAAAAUGAAGUCAGUGGCAUGUCAUCACUUGGCAAUUGAGUGGCAGUAUAGGUCGGGGUUGAUCAAUGAUUGUUUUCAGGACAGAAGACACUGGUAUUUUGCUGCUCAACUUGCAGACUCAUUCAGCUACAGAAGUUCUCAUCAGGCAUCAAAAGAGCAAACAAACUCUAGUAGAAAGAUGUUGGCUUUGAUGGGCUUGAUUAGGGACCGCGUUUCCACUGAAUCAAGACCCAUGUUGGAUGCUCAUCCCGCUCCUUCCAUAUACAAACUGCAGCCUACUUUGCUUUGUCUUGUCUCAGUUUGUGGAGGGUUUGAGUUGGGACUUGCUAUGGAUGUUUCAUUUUCAGAUGUUCUGCUUUUAUAUGGAGAGAUUGGAUCUAUCACUGGAAGGAAGACAGUGUUUUCCUUGAUGCCUGGACAUCAUAAAGUUUCAUGGAAUUCGAUUAUUGGGGUAUCUAGUGAUUCUGAGGCAUCCAUUUUGGAAGCUGUGGGACAUUUUGUUGAAAUGAAAGGAGUUACACUUGAAGAAAAAAGGCAUUUUUGCAUCGCAUUUUUCUUUUUGCGUGAAACAGUUAUCCGGGUUGGUCACUGCGACCCCUUUUGUGAGGAGGCGCCGUUCUCCCGAAGUUGCGGGGCUAUUUUGCCAACUUCCUUGCACAGAGUUGUUGCCCUAAACAAAUGUUCUUGCAGCCCUAUCAUCUCUUUCUCUUAA